AUGCAGCCUUCCCGAGGCCUAGGGGCCUCCAGCGGCGGCUAUACCCCUAACUACCCGGCGCCUGCGCCCCAUAGCAACGGCCUCUCUCAGGGCUUCUAUCCAAACAGCACAACUCCUGCUAAGCCUUCCUAUGGCAACCCAGCUGGGGGGCCCCCACCAGGGCCUCCUGGGGCUCCAGGAGUUCCAGGUGCCGCAGCAGGGGGAGCCCCUGGAUCCGGCUACGGGGUCUCCGGGUACUAUGGCGAAGACAGCAUGCCUACAGGGCAGCAGCAGUACCCACAGCAAAUGCCCUUUUCCCAACCUCAACAGCAGUUGCAGCAACCUCCACAGCAGCAACAACCUUUGUAUUCUGUACCGUCGCAUGCUCCGCCACCCUCUAUGCAGCAGCAGCAGCAGACACCAGCAUACCCGCAGCAGCCACCCCUCCCGCAGCAGCAGCCGCUCCAGCAGCAGCAACCGAUCCCGCAGCAGCAGCCCCUGUCGCAACAGCAGGGUCGGUAUAUGGCGCCUCCUUCUGCUCCGUUCGCUCCUCCGCCGCCUCAAGCUCAACAACAGCAGCAGCAGCAAGGUGGUUACAUGCCGCCUCCUGUGCAGCAGCAGGACCCGGCAGGUAUGCAGGCUCCUGCGUCAGGGGGAGGUUACAUGAUGGGGGGUGUACGUGCAGGGGCAGCUCCUUUGGGUAGCGGCAGUGUGGGAGGAGCAGGCAGUAGUGUCAUGGGGGGCCCACGUUCGUCGUUUUAUCCUGGUGGAGCAGCAACAGCUGCUGCUGCUACCGCUGCAGCGGCCGCAGCAGCAGCAGCAGCUGUGCAGCAGCAGCAGGAAGGGGUAUCGCAGCAGCAGACGGAGGAUUUAUUGCAGCUGAAUGCGCCUGCAGCUUUUGUGCGUCCCUCUGUAUGGAGGAUUCCUAGCAGCAGUUCUUUACGACAUAAGAGCCAUUUGCCCUUAGGGGUGGUGCUGCAACCGUUGGCAAGAAUGGGGCCGCAUGCAGCAACAGUGCCGAGGAUAUCCUUUGGAUCGGGCCUUGUAAUCCGCUGCAGGCGAUGCAGGACCUACGUUAAUGCGUUUGUUACAUGGGAGGCAGGGGGGAGGAGGUGGCUAUGCAAUAUGUGUGGAGUUAGCAACGAGACACCUCAGUUUUAUUGUGCUCCCUUAGAUGCAAAUGGGAAGAGGGAAGAUGCGGCAGAGAGGCCGGAGUUAUCAAGGGGAUCUUUUGAGAUAAUUGCCCCUGGGGAUUAUAUGAUACGUCCCCCUCAGCCUCCUGCUUUUGUCUUUGUAGUGGAUGUAUCACAGCAGGCUGUUGCAUCGGGGCUUCCUGCUGCUGCAUGCAGCAGCAUUGCUGCUGCUAUAGAGGCAAAUCGCCUGCCGGGGGAGGGGCGCACCCUUGCUGCCGUCUUAACGUACGACAGUAGCGUUCAUUUCUAUCGUCUUGAGGCAUCACAGACACGCCCUCGCCUCUUCGUUGUUCCUCAAGUUCAAGAUAUUUUCCUCCCUCUUGCUGAAAAUCUCUUCGUUCCUCUUCAAGAAUGCAAAGAGGCGAUACUGAACACUCUUAAUGCUAUUCCUGACAUCUGGAAAAGCAAUGCAUGCACUGACAACUGCUUGGGCAGCGCAGUGCGGGCUGCGGCAAUGGUGGCAAAGCACGUAGGAGGGAAGAUUUUGUUAUUUGCUUCUUCGCCUCCUACUGUAGGGGAAGGCGUUCUAAGGAGAGAGAUAAGCAGAGACAAGGGGGCGCAAGGGCCAGGAGACAGAGACAGCGAGCUCCUUAAACCGGCGGCAGAUACAUAUCAAACAUUAGGACAGCAGCUCACUCAGUCGCAGCUGUCUGUAGACAUGUUCUUAUGUCCUCCAGCACACAGUUCUGCCUCUACCAUGGACAGCAGCAGCUACUACCCUCCUGCUGGAGGGGCCCCCCAGGGGGGUCCUGGGGGGGCCCCUCCACGUUUGCCAUCGGCUGCUGGUGGUGCUGCUGGUGGGGUUGGAGGUGCUUAUUGCCCUUCUUUUGAUUUAGCUUCUUACGCCUCUCUAGCACAAUUUACCUCAGGAGAGCUCCGGUAUUAUCCAGGCUUCUCCCGAGAACUUUAUCAGCAAAAGUUGCAGGCGGAAGUCGAUCGAGUCCUCUCGAGAGUCACCGGGUGGGAGGCGGUGAUGAGGGUGCGCGUGUCUCGGGGCUGGAAGGUGUGCGAGCGGCACGGGCGCUUCUACUUGCGAGGAGCAGAUUUGUUUGUCCUGCCUACUGUCCACGAAGAUCAAACAUUUACGGUGUCGCUUGAGCCUGACGAAGCAGCAGGAGCAGCAUCAGGAGACACUCUGCUGUCUCUGCAGGUUGCGCUGCUGUAUACACAUAGUGAAGGAGAGAGGCGCAUCCGAGUGCAUACAGUGGCUUUGCCCCUCACGCAAAACAUGCAGGAGAUCGCCGCAACUGUCGACCCAGAAGUUACAUCGGCCUUGAUGCUGCAGCACGCCCUCGAUUUGUCAUUACGUGCAAAAGUCGCAGACGGAAGGGCUUACCUCCAAAACUUGUGCGUCCAGCUGAUGGCCGCUCUGCAGCUGCCUGCGGGUCAUUGCACCGCCCCCUAUGGCCCUGUUGCUGCCGCUGCUGCAGCAGCUGCUGCUGCAGCCGCAGCAGCAGCUCCUGCAAACAACGCCGAACAGCUCAAACGCCUCGGCUAUCUCGUCAUGGGAAUCCUCAAAUCUGCGGCUUUCCGCAACACCAAAGAUGUGGUCACGCUGGUGGUGUACAAUGAAGCAAUUUUUCUUGUGGAGGAAGUGGCUGUCUUUGGAGUGUCUUCUUAUGACUAUUUGCACCCCGAGGCAGCUGCGCAGUCUCUCGGGUGUACAGACACACCAUUAGGUGUAAGGACUUUAGCUGUUGUUCGCGAGCUGCGGAUGCAGCGACUGCAGCCAGAUUAUAUGCAGCUGAAGAUCUUGCGGCAAGGAGACAGCAGCGAGCAGCUGUUCUUCUCAAUGUUAACGGAAGAUCGCGUAUCGAGUUUGCCGCUGACAGCUGCAGAGUUUUUGCAGAAAGUGGGGCAGCGAUCGUUGCAUGCGCUAAACCCUCCUUUUGCAUCCCAGCAGCAGCAGCAGCAGCGGGGAUACUGA